CCUGAUCUCUCUCUGUGCCUGGCGAGACCACGAUGACCAACAUUCUUGUUCUCUACCUGGAAAUACUGUUGGUUCUUCUGGCCCUAUCCAUGCCAACACUGGGUGUAUUUCUAAGCAUAGAUUGUGGCUCCUCGGACUCAUUCACCGACGCAAACAAUAUCACAUGGGUAGGAGAUGAUCUCUACAUUAAAAGCGGUAAAAGCGAAACUGUUACAAGUGUAAAUAAUUCAUCAAUUAUUGCUCGUCCAUACACAACUCGGAGAGUAUUCCCCACCACGAAGAAGAAUUGCUACUCCAUAGGCGUGGGGAGGGGAGAACAUGUUCUUCUCCGUGCACAUUUCUACUAUGUGACUAACAAGGAUGAAAAAUUGUCUGCACCGGUUUUUGAUCUUCAGUUCGAUGGCAACCCUUGGGCUAUAGUGGAAAAUAUCAGUGCAGAUCCAUUUUAUAAAGAAGUGAUAUAUCUAACCAAGUUUGAUGCCAUAAGCGUGUGUGUUGCUCGGAAUCAGGACUAUCCUGACGACGUACCAUUUAUUUCUGCAAUAGAAGUGAGGAGCUUGGAUUUGGGCUUGUAUGCUGGAGUUGAUCCAAAUUAUCCAUUGUUGGGGAUACGGAGAAUAAACUAUGGCGGAAAUGAAAGCGUGAGGUUCCCUGACGACAAAUAUGAUCGUAUUUGGCAAGAACUUCCAAGUUCCAAAGAUUUUAUUACUGUAAAGAAUGACACCAGAAUUGUGGUUGCAGACCUUCCAGAUAAGCCUCCAGAAUCUGUGUUACAGACAGCACUUUAUAACCAAAACUUGUCUGGUUCUCUUCUUUGCAUUAAGUUCCCUAAUUUGACAAACGAUAAGAUCUACACUAUUUUCUAUUUCUCCGAACUGUUGAACCUCACUUCCUCGGACAAGCGUUCCUUUUCCAUUUACGUGAACAGAAAAUAUAUUUCCCAUCCCAUAAUCCCACCAUAUAAAACUGCUUUGGGACUCAACUUCACUACAGAUAUAUCUGCAUUUGGGGACGGAAAUUACCAGUACUGUCUGAACCGCACAUCAGACUCCACACUCCCCCCAAUAAUCAAUGCGUUGGAAGCGUUUCAAAUCGGAAUCCCACUAACAGACGGAACAGACAAUAGACAUGUAAAAGCGCUAUCUACACUACAAAAAGCUUUUGUUCAACUUCAAGAUUGGAGCGGUGACCCCUGUCUUCCAAACGGAUCCCCCUGGGAUUGGGUUGAAUGCACUUAUACCCAGACACCUCAAAUAACGGCAUUACGUCUCAGUGGCUACGAACUACAAGGAUCUCUGCCAGAUUUUAGCGCUUUGGAUACUCUCCAACUAAUAGAUUUGAGUAACAACAGUUUAAGUGGAGAAAUUCCUAGUUUCCUGGGAAACUUUCAUAAGCUGAACAUGCUAAAUUUGGCAAAUAACAGCUUUAGUGGAUUAAUACCCUCCUCACUCACCAACAAUAGCAACUUGACAUUGGUUUAUUCAGGUAACCCGUAUUUAUGUGCUUCCACUCAGUUGCCUUGUGUUAAUUCUGGUAAUGGAAGUUCAGCUUUGUCGCCCUUUUCCAACAGCCACAGCCAGAGCAGGAUUAGUAAAAAUUUUCUAAUCGUCUAUGAGAUUGUAAUUCUAGUGCUCGUUUUUGUUUGUUAUUGA